GCGGCGGCACUCGGCGGCGCCCGGGACGCUCGGGCCGCGGCGACCAGACUCCGGGGCUGCGGUGCCGCCCGCCCGCCCGCCCGCGCUGCGCGUCGCCCGCCAGCACACGCCGCCGCCGCCAUGGGCUCCUGAGGCUGGCGCCUCGCUCCUCCCAGGCUCCUCUCAGGGGGCCCCUGUGGCCGGCACCAUGACAGUGAGGGGGGCCGCACUGGCCCCAGGCCCGGUGUCGCCCACGACGGCAGCGGCCUCGCCCAGCGUCUCCGGGAUCCCCGAGGGCAGCCCCACGGCCAUGGAGCAGCCGGUGUUCCUGAUGACGACCGCCGCGCAGGCCAUCUCCGGCUUCUUCGUGUGGACGGCGCUGCUCCUCACCUGCCACCAGAUCUACAUGCACCUGCGCUGCUACAGCUGCCCCAACGAGCAGCGCUACAUCGUGCGCAUCCUGUUCAUCGUGCCCAUCUACGCCUUCGACUCCUGGCUCAGCCUCCUCUUCUUCACCAACGACCAGUACUACGUGUACUUCGGCACCGUGCGCGACUGCUACGAGGCCCUGGUCAUCUACAACUUCCUGAGCCUGUGCUACGAGUACCUCGGCGGAGAAAGCGCCAUCAUGUCAGAGAUCAGGGGGAAGCCUAUCGAGUCCAGCUGUAUGUACGGCACCUGCUGCCUCUGGGGAAAGACGUACUCCAUUGGAUUCCUGCGGUUCUGCAAGCAGGCUACCCUGCAGUUCUGCGUGGUGAAGCCGCUCAUGGCCGUCAGCACCGUGAUCCUCCAGGCCUUUGGCAAGUACCAGGACGGCGACUUUGACGUCGCCAGCGGCUACCUGUACGUGACCAUCAUCUACAACGUCUCGGUGAGCCUGGCCCUCUACGCCCUCUUCCUCUUCUACUUCGCCACCCGGGAGCUGCUCAGCCCCUACAGCCCCGUCCUCAAGUUCUUCAUGGUCAAGUCCGUGAUCUUCCUCUCCUUCUGGCAAGGCCUGCUGCUGGCCAUCCUGGAGAAGUGCGGGGCCAUCCCCAAGAUCCACUCGGCCCGCGUGUCGGUGGGCGAGGGCACCGUGGCUGCCGGCUACCAGGACUUCAUCAUCUGCGUGGAGAUGUUCUUCGCGGCGCUGGCCCUGCGGCACGCCUUCACCUACAAGGUCUAUGCCGACAAGAGGCUGGACGCGCAAGUGCCAACGUAUGGUCCUUACGGCCGCUGCGCGCCCAUGAAGAGCAUCUCCAGCAGCCUCAAGGAGACCAUGAACCCGCACGACAUCGUGCAGGACGCCAUCCACAACUUCUCGCCCGCCUACCAGCAGUACACGCAGCAGGCCACGCUGGAGCCCGGGCCGGCCCGGCACGGCGGCGCCCACGGCCCCUCGCGCUCCAGCCUCGGCGGCGCCCGCGACACCGAGAAGACGCUCCUGCUCAGCUCUGACGACGAGUUCUAAGCGUGGCCGAGGCUGGGGAGGGGGGCCCCUCGGCCAGGCAGGUGCGCCCUCCGGCCCCCCUCCCGGCAUCGCCUUUAAUUUAUUGGCCCAGAGCACUCACACAUCGCUUCCCGAGGACAGCCUCGCUGUCCGCCCAGAGAGCAGCCAGGCUCACCCGAGCCUUCAGGAGCAUUUCCACGGCCGCCGGCCCCAGCGAGGAGCAGGGACACCGAGCGACGCCCGUGCCGUGGCAGCGUGGUGGGACCAGCCAGGCCCCAGGCCCUGAUGCUUGUGUCAUGGACAGUGGCCACAGCUUCUGAGCUCUGCCCCCAGCUCAUUGCCCUCCCCGAGAGACUCAGCCCCUCCCACAACACCCAGCCCUCAGCUCGGCCCCCGCUUCCUCCGCCUGGCGCUGCGUUAGCUCUGCUGGGCAGGAGGGGGGGAGGGGAGGAAGUCGUCUGUGGAGCCCUCCUGACCCGGCCUGCCUGGCCGGCUGCAAGCUCAGCCAGACACCAGGAGCCACAGGUCCGGCUAGGAAGGCGCUCAGGUGCCUCCGGGCCCCUCUUCUGUGCGUGUGGCCUCCAGGUGAGGUCCCUGCGUCCCCCGGGUGUCCUCUGGCUGCUCCUCUUUCGCACGCCCCGUCCUCCUGGCCUGCAGAGGACAGGGCAGCCGCACUGCCCCUCUCCUGGGUCUGUUGGGAGCAUUUGGGCAGAGCCCUCACUGCCUGGCUGCUCAGAGGGUCAGGGCUCCCGCCUUCCUUCCCGGCUGAGCAGUCAGGCCUCUGUGGUCCCCAUCAUUGCUGGCUUCUCCUCCCAUUUCAGGGACAGUCUGAGUCUCCACACUUCAGACCAGCUUCCGGAGGACACGGUUCUGUGGGAGGGAGGACAAAGGGCUGGGCCAGCAGGAGGGCCCCGGCCCCAAGCCCACACGGCCUGGCGCCCUGCUCACCUGGCCCAGCCCGUCUCUUCUGUGCCUUAGUCACAAACGAACGCCCCACUCCCCACCUCGGUCUGUCCCGGCCUCCCUGGGGCUCCCGCUGAGCUGCUGGCCCCAGGCCCCUGCAGUGCUGGGCCGGCGCCCAGGACGCCAGGCCCCGCCCCUUCCCGCCCCCACACCCACACACUGGGGCCAGAGCCCCCCGAAGCCUGGGCUCACCUCGGCCGCCGCCAGGAAGAGGCUGAUGGACACGGCUUGUCUGGACAGGCAGCACGUCCGUCCCGAGAGCGGAGUUUGGGCGGCGGCAGCGGGGAAGGCGGGAAGGGCCGGGAGAAGGCCUGCCCGCGGCUUCAGACUUCACGGUGGAACCUUUCCCCGUGGCCCCUCCUGGGAGGGCUGUGCCCGGGCUCGGGGGGGUCCAUCCCCGUCAUCUUCCUGAGCACUUGGCACUGUGACCAAGCAGCCCUCCUGGCAGGGCGGGGCCGGGCCUGCGUGAGGGGAAGGAUACUGGAGGCCAGCUCUCAGGUCCCUGUCUGGUGGGCCUGGCCAGCCAGCCCCAAGCUGCCUGGGAAGGCAGGCCGUGCAGGCUGCCUGAGACACCCUCUGCGCGCGCCCCCCUCACUCCCCCUCGCUCCCACCAUUGCCCUUCCCUGUGCUCCUCUGAUCCUCCUUCCAGGCCAAAGUGUGCGGCUGCUCCCUGCUCAUCUGCUCUGCAGCUCCCGGCCGGAGCCAGGCCCGGAGCAGAGGGGCUGGGAACGGCCUGACCACACCACCUACUUCCUGGGAUUCGUAACCCACCUUGUCUUUUUUUAAACUUUUUCCCCCCCCCCAAUAGAGUAGCUCUUUGUACAUAAGAAAUACUUGAAAACUUAAUUGUAUGAUGUAUGAGAAGACAGAGCCCCCUAGUUUUAUAUCUCGUGUAUGACUGCCGUGAGCUCCACCAGAAAGUCGCUCUAUUUUGGUCUCUGUGACAUUUUGAACGCGUGACAGAAGUGAGCAAAUAAAGUGAGGAAGAAAUAUAUAUAUGAGAUAAUAUAGAUUGUACUGAAAUCU